CAGUGAAAAUAUUAAGGCAAGCCACUCAAGAAAGCAAUAAUACUUCAACAGCAACUGCGAAACAACUCUCUUACUCAAACACUUUAGUCAAACUCCAACAAGAAAUGCAAAUUAAUGGAUUCUUACUUGCCCCAGAACAUUUUGUCGAGCUCCUUAGCUCGGAGACUUGGAAAUCAAAGCCUCUCAACACAUUUACACCAUUACGAAGGAAACUGAGAAGGAAAUGGCCACAUUCAGCGAUGUCUACGAACUCUUGGAAUCCUAUUGGCCAAGAUACAUUACAACGGCACAAUACCACUACUUAUCGCCAGAACCGACCAAUUGGAGGUACCAACUCGAUAAAAACAAACACCUACCUCGAAAUCCGGAGGGCAAAUCAAAAAGCAGUCGCCCUCUGGAUGCCAUGGGCUGAAGCGUCUAACUGGGGAGAACUACCCACAGAUGUUAUCAGCCACCUCACCAAGCCAGAAAACAAUGAUUCUGAUAGCGAGGUCGACGAGGAAUAUGAAGACACUGAAGAGGUUGGAGAUGACAUUGCAGAUCAGAAUGAUGACGAAGAAUAUACGAUUGAUUUACCGGAGGAAGAAAAUCUAUCACCAUGCGUAAUCAUGUUUGACGAUAAUGGAGUUAUGCAGCGUUGUGGAAAAUUUAAUUCGAAAAACCAGCGAAAUAUUUCGAAUAUCAUAGGUGUCUGGGAAAUUGACAAACCAACAGUUGAAGACAUGAAAAAAAAUAACCAAUUAGAGCGGUUGGGAAUAUGCGUUAAUUACUUUUCGCUCGAUCACCAAUCUUUGCAUGAUAUAGGACUGAAACAGACAAAAGAAACUGGAAAUGAAUGUACUGUACAGUACAUUGUGGUCGGUGUUGGAGAAAAAGACGUUAAUUCCAUGCAUCAGUCAAUACGAAUGUCCAGCCAUUGA